CCGUUUCAGUGUGAAACCUUGCAUCAAACAUACUCUAUUUAUGAAGCUGCUCAGUGAGGCAUUCAUUCAUCUGCAGAUGGUCACAGGAUAAUCUCUGUUUUCGUUCAUUCUGAUCUUCUUACCGUGAGGCGGAGUAAGGUUGAUACUACCUUGCAACCUAGUGGAAAUGAUGAUGCCAAUCCAUUCAGUGGAAAGGCGUGACUAUUCCUUCUCGUUGAGCGCGCGGUACAGUCAGCUGAUUCGCUGACGAUACCGACAAGACUCGGGCUCCGUGAGUGGAGAAGCGAUGUCGGGAGCUUUCUUCAAUGACUUAGCGGAAACCAGGUGGCAACUAGUCCAUCGCAGUAUUGAUUCCUGUUAGCGGUCUGUGAGAAAACUUGUUUGGGAUGCAUUCUCACGCAUGUUUCGGGAUGGAAGAGUUUUGUUGUCGGACUGUGGGGGUUCUUAAGGAGCUUUCAUAGAGACGGAUACCUUCAUCAUUUGAGGAUUUUUCCGUUACGGACUCAUUUUCGAGAGAAACAUUUGCGGAUAGUUUCCUACAUUUGCCUUUAGCAGUUUAGCUCCAAGGAAUAUCUAACUUCUCUGAAGGAGAAAGUAAGGACAAGUGCUUUCAUAGGCUUAGGAGAUGGAACACUUAGCCUUCUCUUGAGGAUAGUGAGAAGCGUAGUUGUGAUGUUCUGCCUCAACAAUUGUCAAACGGACCAUUUCAUUUUUCAUCAAGUGUGUGUUUAUUAGUCUAUGUGUGUCAUAUGAAGGCUUCCACAGCGAAUGUGUGGCAACGAUGAAAUCAUCCCUUCACACGUGCCUUUACCAGACCAACGGUAAUUUGGCAUUUGACAUUAAGCUGACAAGUUAAUCUCCUGCAAGUUUCAUACAAAAUACCGAUAAACAUACAUAUAGGACUCGUCAAUGUAGGAGGUGAUAGGAUGUCGGACUAAGAGCUAUAAAUACUAAGCAAUUAAACCCAUUACAUUCCGGUGUGGAUACCAUGUCAAAUCUGAUAGUUUCGUCUAUGGCGGCUGCAUACGACAUCUUCGAAUGUAAACAGGAGUUGUGUUACAAUUAAUUGAUUACUUUUUUAAGACAGACUGAUUGUGAAGUGCCUGUACUAGACACUUUCAAAGGCCAUAAGACCUAUGAUCGUCAGGUGACAUAUUCAUCAUGCUCUACGGUCAGUUGUCAGGCGACCGCUUGGCACACGCUGUAAUACUGCAGAAAAUGAUGAACAGAAUCAUGGCGGUUGUUGUGUUGGAGUUUCUUACGUGUUUCCUCAUUUGUGUUGGAAAUGCCUCUCCAGAGAUCCGUGUACGGGAACCUCAGUUUACAACGAUGUCAGGCUCAAUAAACCACAAGAAAGGAGACCUGGCGAUACUUUACUGUUCUGUUCAGAAUCUUGGAGAACGAACGGUUGUAUGGAGAAAACUUCCCAUGGCAGGGCCACUCACGGUCGGCACGAAGACGUGGGUAAAGGAUAAACGAAUUCACGUGGAACAUAUGCCAAACAGUGACCAAUGGAACCUUAUAAUAGAAAAGGCAAAAGUUAAUGACUCAGCAACUUAUGAAUGUCAGGUCAGCUUUAGAAGCAAAAAAUUGCGUCAACUUAUAACACUCACUGUAAAAGAUGAUUCACAUAAAGACGCGCCAACUCUUUCCAUUUCAGGGAUUCAAAUAAGUGGCGAAAGUUAUCUUAAGAAAGGACAAACGUUGAAACUUACUUGUAACGCCAGCUUAAUAGAUGAAUCCAUGGACGGAUUAUGUUGGUACAAAGAUAAGGACAUCCUAACUACUCAAGGAGACAAACGGAUACAAGUGCUAAGUUCUGUGAUGCUCUCUAGAACCUCGAAUGGACAUAUGAGCAGUGUGUUAGAAAUCACAGAUACUACAGCCAGUGAUAGUGGAAAUUACGUGUGUAAAUCGCCAGAAAAUUCACAGAUGGCAGGAGUCCGAGUGGAAAUAUCGAAUGGUUCCCACAAUAUUAAGCGAGUUCCUCCAGAUCCUGUGGAAUCGAUGGAUAUGAAAAGUUCUCCAAACAAGAAGAAACAUGUAAGUGGGUGCUCACAUCGUGUUCUCUCAGACAGUUACCUUCUUUCAACGACUUUAAUCACUGCAAUCGUUACACUUGUGAUGAAAUAACCCUGAGGAUAUUCGAAGCAAAGACGCUGUGAUAUGUGAUCUCUUCUAGCAUCAUUUGGCGUUAAAUUGGACGGCAAUUAUUGACGGUGUUUCCCAACAAUGACGACUAUCAUGUUACUGUUGGGGAUGAGUCUGACGGUAUUGCCAAUAUCAUCUGGUGCUGUGCUAUUUGUGCAAGGACGCAGAUGAGGAGGACAAGUGGGAUUUCAAACAACUCGUCUAUCACUGGGCCCAGGCUUAGGAUGGAAGACUUCUACAUUUUCACAUUACAAAGUGCUUCGUUCACAUUCCAACACAUGUCAGUAUUAUGUACACAUCAGUCAUCUCACGUCUAUCGUAUUGUGGUGGAUUUCGACAUCGUCCCACACACCUGAAGACUAUAGGGAGCAGUGGAAAAUGUGCAUGUCUCAUCGAGGAUACUUCUAAGAAAUGCUUUGCAAACCAAUAUCAUUUGAAAAAGACUAACAGGACAACGUUAGCAGCUGGACUUAACACUGAAACAGUUUGUAUCAAGAGCACAAAAUCGUGUUGAGACCUUGUCUAAUACAAUACGGUUAUUAUGUCGGGGACAUUUCCUGCAAAUGUCAACAUGAUCAUUCGGGACCCACUGGCCUUUAUUAACACAUUUUGUGUAAGGCGGACUAUUGGAGGGACGUGCCUCAGAACAUUUGCAUAUACAAUUAGAACAAAGAACUAAGCUUUCGUAAACACUAUAACAGAUAUCUAUUUGUGUGAGUUGUACAUGCUCACUUGAACUUUUGUCCAUGUACAAAACAUCAUGUCAAACACGUUUGCACUUUGGGAACAUUGGAUAUACAUGUGCGUGUAAUACGUGCAUGUGCUUAAUGACAAUAAUUCAGGUAACUUGUACGCAACGUGCAACACUAAUUUGUAUGAUGUAUGGUAAAUUCCUCGAAAUCAUGGCUAUAACGAGUUUGUGAAUUUCAACGAAAUGUAAUCCAUGACAGCAAUAUCUAGCUAGAUACCUAAUAACGGAAAAGGUAUAUUCAAGAUACAAACUGUGUAUGUCUGAAUAUAGUGUCCGUCUCCUACGGUUUAGCCUGAAGGGUUUAAAAGCCGCAAUUGAAUAAUGUAUACUGAGGUAUUGUACAUGUGGAGCUUCGCUCAAUGUAAUAAUCCUGGUUUCGAGGGUGGUGUGUAGCAAACUGUACUACAGUCUUUCACGGUAAGUAGAUUUUGUACAUUUCAUACACAUUGUCUUUGUUUGUAAAAGCAAAUUUGAAUAAUCUGUGAUAUGUGGAACAUGCGGGCUAUUUUAUUUCUAUUGUUUAUAGGUUUUUUUGUAGUCCAUUUAAUGCAAUGGAUAUUUUCUGUUUAUUUGCCUGUGAAUACGUUACAUGUAACGAUAAUGUAAGAAUUUGCAGAUAUCACCUAAAGAAUUUUAGUGCUAAUGGUCUAUUGUACAAAAUAUUGAGGACAUACAAUAGUUCACACGUUGGAUAGUUUAUGUGUAUAACAUUGUCUUUGAAACAAAAUAACCUCGCUUUGUUCUCUACGUAUGGACACAAAUACGGGAUUGCAUGAAAUGAUAGAUAUCAUUCUUUUACCAGCUAUGUACUAGCAAGGAUGGGACAUGGUGAAAGUUAUUAAUAAUAUUAGUAUUGUGAUCCGUGGACCCGUAGAACUGCGUGCUAUGGUUAUGGCAUACUCUGCAUCAGGGCCCCGAUGGUAGCCCUUGUACGGGAUCCAGAUCCACUCCUCACGCAAAGCUAACAACGCUGGUAGGGUGAUCUAGGAAUUUGACACACACGACGUCCUUCAUUAUCCCACAGAUGUUCAGUUAGUUGAGGUCAGGACGUUUAGUUGGAAUUUGACACAACAAGGAUGUUCUCAUCCUACAUGAAUCCACUGACACAGGAGAAGAUGUUGUUUACUAAUCAUACGCACAAGGAGACCUAAGACUAGCCGCUAAACUUCACCACGAUCACGAUUGUAAGUCGACCAUCAAGGCCAUCCUACAGCUGCAGGUGAUUACUGAUCCAUCUCCACACUGAAUGUGCUGUACCAUGGUGCACUGCUGAUAGGGCUUGUGAGCGUAGUUCCUGUCAUGAUAACCUGUGCAGUUGCGAAGGAACAUCAAUUCAUAAAUGAAUAUGGUACGAUGCCAACUGUCGUACACAAUGACAACGUUCACAUCCCAUUCUAAGAGUUUGUAAGUUGGUACAAUAUUGAUUCCAACAUGCGAAAAUGUUUAAUCCGGUUCAAGCCAGCGAUUAUGUUUGAUGAUGAUCUGAGUCUGCCCCUUUCGCUUGGAGUGAUAUUUGCAAUGAAAAUGCCAUAACCUUGAAAUCACGCUGAUUGAUUUGCUGAAAUUACCAGCAACCGCUCGGAGUGAGUACACCAACCUUACCAUGUCUUUUGCUUGCCUUUUGUGCGCUACUUUUUGUCUCGCAAUGGUGAGAGUGAGUUCACUCGCUACUGCAACAAUUCACGAUCAUUUUCUUAUCCUACAUGGCUAAGCAAUUAUGACAAAAUAAUGCCACUAAGAAUUGCUUUUCGGGGCAUUCAACUGGGAAUGCGACCGCUAUAUGAUCUGUUCCUGAUUACUUCUUAUGCGAUCCCUUAUUUUUGUCUGUAGGUAUGUUUACAGUAAAUAUGUUUUUACUCAUCCAAGCAACGCGUUUUCGUUUUCGUCAAGACGUGCUUGGGAGCAAGAAACAACAAUGGGAAUGGUACGUGAUUAUCGAUUAAUGAUACAUCAUCGGUCUUAGUAAGAAGAACACCUCCAGCAGUAGACACUUUUUCAUAGGCACGAGCCUGUAACAGACCACUGAAUACAUCACGAUGUUGUGUUCUUUAGUACAGUCAUAAAUCGACAUCAGCAUUGACCUCGCAAGUGUGCAAAUUGUGAGGAUUUAUGACGCUGUUGUAGGCAAAACAUUCUUCAGUAACUGUCUGUAUACCUUCCGUCAUGACUAGGAAAAUGGCAGAUGUCCAAAUUGCUGUGUCGGUGUUACUUUUGAAAGCAAGCGAAACACAUUUCCUAAGUACUGGUGAUGUGUUGUUUGGUUUUUAUGGUGCGCAGAUCCGAAGCUUCUACAUUGUGGAAAUUCAUAAGUGUUAUGGGUAUUUCAAACCGUAAUUGUAUUUUACAAAUGUUUACAAUGUUGAAAAUGUAAUACUGGUCUUUUACAUUUUAGAUGUUUUAGUUAUCUGGAACCAGAUGUUUUUGUUUCAUCUGAAGUAAAAAUAUAAAUGUCAUAACCGAUACAUGUUUGCAAAUGUUUCACGUCGUGGUUGAAAUGUUAGCGUUGCAUUUCAAGGUUUGAUUAGGGUAAAAAGCUGUUAUUAUAAGAAUAUGAUAAGUGUUAACUCUUUAGGUUCCCCAAUUCACAGCUUUUCUCCGUCCAUAUCAUUUCAAAACAGCCCACCCACCAAUAUUGGUUAGAGAACUCAUUAUGAAAAGUCGUCAUCUUUAUAUUUGUGAUAAUGCAUAUUCUCCUCUACCUUGAAAUAUCUGACACGACAGUUCCCAGAUACAUGUACGACGCCCAUAAAUUUAACAAUAACUAUUUGUGAACAGGUCAAGUCAAUGUUGUUAAUGAAAUUACAUAGUUGCGAAACCAACAGCUUUCAGACUACAUCUCAAUUUGUCAUUUACACAAAGCUGUAAUUAUUACUAUUGAUAAUGAUAUAUUUUGUGUCCCAUUGUAUAUUGUUUGUAGAUACACAUGAAUAUGUAAAUGGAACAUAACAUCAUUUAAGCAUCAUUUUUUCAUAUGUAUAUAUCCACUAUUGAUGUAUAUAUUAUGUAAAUAUUAUUAUCCAUGUAAAUUAAA